UGUCAACUGUUGUGGCCUAACACUUGUUGUUUUUGGUUGGUGACCUAGGUCUUGUGGUUAAUGAUCGGCGGCCUUUUGUGCUAAAAUCUUCAAAUUCCAUCUACUGCUUGAAAUUUUAUGCAAAACUUCUAAGUAUCAGCUUUCGUACUUCCAACCAUUUUCAGUUAAAGUUUGAAGCAACAACUUGAUGUAUUCACUUCACUGAAAAAUGGGCAUAGCAAAACCAUUUGUAUUACAAAACUUUUUGUUUGUGGUGACUGCGAUAGAGGAUAGGCGUUGUACAUUAUACAUAAGGUGAAAUCAAAUAGCGUUAACCAUGGCACAAUACAUGAAAUACGAUGACAAUAAAGUUCCAUACAUUCAACUCGGACAUUUAGUCAUUCGAUUAGAAGAUGAAGAACCAUCGGAGGAGGUCAAAGAAAUUGCUCGAGUUGAAUUACGUGAAAUACCAGAUGUUGUUCAACCUGCUGUAGAGGAAAUGAGACAACUAACUUUAGCUGAAACGAAUUUACACGUGCCGGUUAUUGAUGAAUUCUUUAUCGCCUUUCUUCGACCAUGCAAAUACUAUCCGAAGAGUGCAUUUGAACGGAUGAAAAAGUUUUACAAACUGAAACAAAAGCACCCGAGACUUUUCGAAGAUCUGUAUCCAAUGAGUGUGCGACAUGCCUACGAACAAGACAUUUUAACACUUCUUCCAUUGCGAGACAAGAAAGGCUCUAGAAUGUUAUUGAUGGAAGUUGGCAAAAAAUGGAAACCAUCGAAAGUCAGCUUGGACGACCUGUUCCGAGCCGUUUUAAUUGCAAUAACAUCAUCAAUGAGAGAACCAACAACGCAAAUAUGCGGCGGAUUGAUAAUUUUCGAUUUCGAAGGCUUGUCUUUGAAUCACAUCAUGCAAUUUACACCAUCAUUUGCAGCAAUGAUAUUGGAAUGGGUUCAGGACGUUCUAACGUUACGAUUGAAGGCCGUUCAUAUCUUUAACAACUCGUAUAUUUUCAACAUGCUGUUCGCAAUAUUCAAACCGUUCAUUAGGGAAAAAUUGAGGAAGAGGAUAUUCUUCCAUGGAAAAGACACCAAAUCUUUAACAAAACAUAUCAGCCCCGAUGUAUUACCACCGAAAUACGGAGGCACAAUGGAUGUGCCACUCUUACAAGGAAAGUUAUUAGCCGAUUUAUACCAACAAUACCAGAAAGAAUUCGAAAUGGCUAAUUCAUUCGGAUAUGAUUCAUCGAUCUAGGAAAUUACACUCACAUCAAUACUCCUUCUCGAUAUGUUUUCAGUUAAUUAUUUUUUUACGAAGCAAAGACAAAAUUUGAUAAGGGAAAAUGUGAUAAAUUAUUAAGAGUUUAGAACGUCGACAACGUUGAUCUUUUUUAUGUACCUUAAUCUGUAGGUAUACCUUUUUAAAUAAAUAAUUAGUUUGAUUUGGCAAGGUUAUGACAAUAUUAAACGAGAAAAUAAAUCGAAUAUUUU